ACCCGAACAUCGAGGGCCACCAGGAUGCCCUUGCGCCCGCAAAGCAUUCUCCGCCCUGGUCCAGCUCUCUUGCGUCCCGAGGCUGCUCUCGUCUAUUCAUCGGAAUGUGGUCCGAUCUGAACGAACUCUACAGAACUAUGCAACACCUCGAGCGGGUCCCAAAAUCCAACAUCCAGCCAGAAGCUCGAUUCCUGGGAUACUAUGCGCGUACUCGCUUUCCUGACAGAAGCUUCUCAUGCAGGCUUGCAAGAGACUUGACUUGGUCCUCAUUGUGUAGCGUGACCUCCUCAAGUGGAUCAAUCAUGCUGCUAUUCCGUCGACCUCCGUCUCACCUCGCUCAUGGGCCAGAGGCCGCAGGUACAGCGCACGCCGCAUGGCGGCGCCCCGCCCCGGGCGCUCUCCCCGCAUAUAAGGACCCGCUGCCUCGACGAACGCUCCCCGAGAGCCCUUGCUCACCUUUUCCGCCAUGUUCCCCACCACAAAACUCCUCGGCGCCGUUACGGCGGCGCUGGCAUGCUCUUCUAUCACCCUCGCAGCACCCUAUGAGGCCGCCUCGAAGUAUGCCACGCACCGCAUGCGCGAGAUCAGCCCGUCGCUGAAGUUGGAGACGUAUCAUCCGGCGAGCACGUACAAGACUUUCGGCAAGGGCGCAGACAGCACGCAUGCGGCGCGCGUGAAGCGCGACGGUCUUGAGGCUGCGGCGACGUCCUAUGUUGCUGAUCAGCUGGGCCUGGACAACGCAAAAGUGAAGUUCAGGUCUGGAUACGCAGGCGGGUCUUCCGUCCAUUACGGCUACAUCCGUCAAACCCAUGAGGAUAUCCCGUUCGUGAACGCCGUGGCAAACGUUGCCUUCAAGGACGACAAGAUAGUUUCAUUCGGACACUCCUUUGUCCCGACUGAUAAUAUCGCCCCUUCAACCCCAUCCGUCGACAUCGAUUCCUUCCUCUCCGAUGUCGAAUCGAAACUGGAUGGAAAGUACAACAACUACACCAGCGUCGAGUACCUUGUGAAGUCCGACGGCAGCAUCGCCCUCGUCCACGUCGUACAGAUCCAAAACGAUGCUAAGAAUACCUGGUACGAGGCCAUGGUCGAUGCGCACAGCGGCGAGCUUCUCUCGAUUACGGACUUCGUCGCACACGCGGCGUACAGGGUGCUGCCGGUCACGAAGGUCGUGCCCACAGAGGGAUUCGAGCUGGUCGAGGAUCCGGCGAAUGAGGCUGCUUCUCCGUAUGGGUGGCAUGCGUGGAGCGACGAUUCGGGCGAGAACAUCACUACGGGAAACAACGUCCAGGCUUUCCAGGGCUCAUGGGAUACGGGUUCGGCCGAGCAGACUGCAGACGGGCUGGUUUUCGACUACACGUACGACCUCGACAAGGAGCCCACCGAGGGUAACAACACGAAGGCUGCCGUCGUGAACGCGUUCUACCUGUUGAACAUGCUGCACGACGUGAGCUAUAUCUACGGCUUCACGGAGGAGGCCUAUAACUUCCAAUGGAGCAAUUUUGGCAAGGAAGGAGCACAGGGCGACCGUGUCAUGAUGAAUGUCCAGUCUACUCUGUCUACGGAUAAUGCUGGUUUCGUUACCCCUCCCGACGGUCAAGCAGGCCAGUGCUAUAUGUUCCUCUGGGACUACACGACGCCAAACCGCGACGGCGACAUGGAGAAUGACCUGCCUCUUCAUGAGGGCACGCAUGGCAUCUCGAACCGUCUCACGGGCGGUGGCACCGCGCGUUGUCUUCAGGGCACCGAAUCGGCCGGUAUGGGCGAGGGGUGGUCGGACGCUAUGGCCGAGUGGAUGCAGCAGACGAGCGGCGAAGUAAAGGACUUUAUCAUGGGGACGUGGGUUUCGAAUAACUCGAGCGGGUACCGCAGCCACCCGUAUUCCACGGACCCGAAUGUCAACCCUUUGCGUUACUCGUCCAUCAAGGACCUUGAGGAAGUGCAUGACAUCGGCGAGGUCUGGGCAAAUGUCCUGCACAACGUCUACGCGGCCCUCGUUGAAGGCUUCGGCUGGGACGCCGAUUUCAGGGCCAACGCAGCCAGCGACAAGGGAAAUGUCGUCUACAUGCACCUCUUCAUCGACAGCUUGGCUCUGCAGCCCUGCAACCCGACGAUGGUACAAUCGCGCGACGCGUGGAUUCAGGCGGAUGAGAACAGGUACAACGGCACUCAUAAGUGUGCUGUCUGGAAGGCGUUCGCCAGCCGUGGGUUCGGAGUCAGCGCGGCCGACUUCAACGACGACGAGACGGUGCCGGAGGAAUGCCAGUAAGGAAGAGCAGAGAGGAAGGCUCACAAUCUCUAACUUAUUGGGUAUACUAUAUACUGGGGCGAAAUAAACAUAUAUGCUGACACUGC